AUGAUAAACUCAACACCCAGCAUAUCACCUUCUCUCCCACAGCAUCAAUCGGAAGAAGAAAUGAUUCAAUCUCUGGAACAGGAAACAAUGAUGAAGGAGUUGAAACAUCUUCUAUACAAUAUAGUACCACAACAAUGGAGUAAAAUUAUUGCGGAAAUUCAAUUAGCAAUUAAUCAUUUGGGCGGUGAAGUGAUGACCUCUCAUCCCAUAGGAUUGAACGAUGCGAUUAAUACUCUCCAUGCACAGGUACAAGGAGGAACCUCAUCAACAUCCAUCACUCCAAACACGAAUAAUGAACCUCAUCAACGAUCCAUUACACCAAAUACAGACAGACCCAUCACACCAAACACUUUAGGAUCAUCGGAAGUACAACAACAACAUCAUGCUUUAUCAUCUACAAACGAAGGUGAGCCACGUACUCCUAUCACACCAGCUGCACACUCCCGAUUUAAUGCCAGUUUCAGUAGAAAGGGUACUAAUGCUGAGAGAAUUCAGCUACAUAUAACCGAUCAAAACCAUUCCAUUCUAAAAGGAUAUUUAUUGGUAGAGGGUUAUCGUAUUUUGGGUGGAAAAAUCAAUUUCAAGUUACACAAGAUGAAGAACAGUUUUGAAGCUGAGAUUAAACCAAAUGACCCAUACACUUUGAGCCAAGUUCAAAGGGCCCACCACAUGGCAGACUAUGCUCUUAAUAAGAUGAAGAAUAUUGACAUUGAGAAAUAUUCUGAAAGUUCGAAUAUUGUUCUGGAAGGGGAUGAGGAUAAUGAAGUGGAUAUGAACAAUAAUAGUUAUUUUUCUAAAACAUCAAAAAUUGAGAGGGACGUGACAACAAUAUUAUCCAUUUUAGAACGCGUAAUGAUACUUGUACAACAAGGACGAGAACAAUUAACAAUGUAUGGCGGUUUGAGAUUUUUAACGGAUGAGUACAGACUAUCUAGCUCCAUUUCGGAAAAGACAAACAUUGAGCUUAUUCAGCAAGCGUACCAUCCACGGUUACCGAAAGAAGCUCUUGUAGAAUUUUCUAUUAACAAUUCACAACUGCACGUUGGAGUUUAUGGUAUCAGUUACACAUCCAUUGCUACUUCUUCGGCUUCUCAGCUCAAAAAUUCCAACAUGAGUUCAGAAUCUCGUCACAGACAUUUUAUUACAGAAGAUAACGAAAUUGGUUUUUUCAGUGAAGAGUAUGUGUCUAAAAUUAAGGUUUCCAGUUUUUCUGCAGGUUUGGACCAUUUAACCAACGCAUUCAAAAUGUGCUCUCGCCUCCGUAACUUAUUGACCACCCAUGGUGUGUAA